UUUCCCGCGUAUCCCGAAACCUCAAACCCGAUUGCUGAAGAACUUGCACUCUGAGCUUCCUCACACCACCGGAGAUUUUCUUCCGUUCAGUCCACCAUGGUCGACCGCGAACGAGAUCGAGACAGAGGCCGCGAUAGAGACAAAGACCGCGACCGCGAUAGGUACAAGGACCGGGAGCGGGACCGUGACCACCGUGAGCGGGACCGGGAACGGCGUAGGGAUCGAGAUGACCGUGACCGCGAACGGGAGCGCGGCCGCAGUAAAAGGUCACACACCCCCGACCGCACCAGAUCCCGCCACACUCGCUCUCGCACCCGCUCGCCGGACCGGCACCGAUCGCGUUCUCUUUCCCGUACUCCUGAGGACCGUUCCGGUCGUCGCCGCCAUCGUACGCCCUCUCCGGAACAUGCUCGAAAGCGUCACCGCCGGGAUUUGACUGCUGACGAUGAAAAGGAGAGGCAGAAAGCAGUGUCUGACUUCGUUGAUGGCAUUGCGAAGGAGCAGCACAAACAGAAGAAAAAUAAAGAUGGUAGCGGUGGUGGUGGCGGUGGAGGGGAAGUAGUGGAGGAGGCCAUGGCUGAUGAGGAUGAAAUUGAGAUGAUGAAGAAAUUAGGUAUUCCCGUGGGUUUCGAUUCGACAAAGGGUAAGCCAGUCGCUGGUGCUGAUGUGAGUGGCGUUAGGGUAGUGACCAAGCGGCAGCCUAGGCAGUACAUGAAUCGGCGAGGUGGGUUCAACCGGCCGUUGCCGGCCGAGCGGAGCCGGUAGCUAAUUGAUUUGGCUAGGUCUCUGAGAGAAACGACCAAGACUGACAUUCUUCCAGAAAUCAUUGAGCAUGGGAGAUGCAUGCAGAUAAAACUAUUCUGAUGUACUCUGGCAUAUUCUGGGUUUGGUUUACUAGGCUUCACUGGAGGCCAGAUGAAGUCUUUAGACGCUCUAUAGUCUGUGUGUAAGAUUGAAACCUUGUAAGUCAUGUUUGAGUUAAUUGAAACCCGGGAUUUUUUUUCCUGUUAUAAAAAUUGGACGACUUUCCAUGUUGCUUUGGUUCUCGUAACAACUGCUAGUCACUACAUUUAUUUGGGUAUUCACCUUGUUGGUGUCAUUUAUCAGGUUAGCAGAACAUUGAUGGUGCUUUGACAGACUAUGAGUUUAGAUAAUUGAAUUGAAUUGAAUUGGUUCUCCAUUCUCCUCCCCCAAACUUAAGAUUAGUUGCUUUAGAGGUAUUUACUGGCCCAAGGCCAGCACUCUGAGAAACCAUACAUAUCAAUUAAAAGCUUCAAACUUUAUCACAGAUGGUCUUCUUUUACGUACAAUUAUUUAUAAAUUAGAUGAUCUACUUGAAACUCUCGUCUCAAAAAUGACACUAGAUCCAAGUGAUAAACAAGGAUGUUCCUUUAUGAUGGUAGCGAUACUGCAGUCUCAAUCAGAAGUACAGUAUGAACAACCGAUAUAUUUCAAUCUCGGCAACUGAAGAGCCAAAGCCACCAAGGAAACUAGAGGAAUUGAGGCCUUUCGAGGGGCGGAGCUGGUGAUCAUUCAGUUGGGGCGGUAGUCACGGUGGAAGGUUUUCGAAUAACAAAGGCUAAGUACUAAGCUUGGGGCUUCUUGUCGAAUGCCAAGCAACAUAUAUAUUAGCAUUUGGGGAAGUUUUUUUGCAUUCUUGUAUUUCACUUGGAACAUAAAAGGAUUCUUUGCAUUCAAACAUAAGCACUUUCCACCGUGGUAGUAUCCCUAUAACCAUGCCCCACCUUCAUUAGAAUGGUUACUUGAGUAGCAUCUUGAUCCCUAUGUAUGCUAAAAAUACUGAUUUUCUUGUAUAUGUUAUAUCUUGAGAUUAACCAUGGAGUAAACUGUAAAGUUUGGAGAUAA